GUAAGCAACCAGACCAGUUUCUAACCCCACUCCACUUUCUUCUUCUUCAAAAAUUUCAGUGGGCUUAUGGAUUUGGUGUGCUUAAUCCUCUUUCUUCGGUUUAAUUUCUCCCGAAUUUUUAUUUUCGAUCAUUAAUUGUUCCCUCUUCCCAAAAGUGAAGGAGAGAAAUCAGAAAAGUAAAGUGGGGGAAGAAAUAUUUUGUUGUUUAUUUUUCCGCCAUGAAUGCUUCCUUGCUUCCUUCGCACCCAUUUCCCUUUUUCUUCCUUCUCUUUUGAAAUACCCCAAUUCAUUACUUCUCGAAACUGACCUACCAAGGAAGUUAAAGCAGAGUCCCACAAACAGGGGAUUUCAUGAUUGGUUCCGUGAAUCAAAAAUAGGGGGGAAAGAGGAAGAAGAGGAAGAAGAAGAAGAGUUUGUUCUUGAUUUUGAUAUUGGGUUAAGCUUAAAUGUCUAAGGACCCUCCUGUUAUUGAUCUUGAAGCCAUGCCGUUCAGCGAAGUCUGCAAUAAACUGAAGCGAUUGAGGCUGUUCGAGCCGUCUCUUGGGGUUUUGGGGUUUUUCUUUGUGUCUGUUUUUCUGAUUUGCGGAUUCUUUUACUUGGAUUACGGGAUUGAUUCGAAAGGGUUUGUGUUUCCUCUUCGAUCAGAGAGAUUUGUUUGGCUGAGAAAUGGGAAUUUGGGUCAGAAUCGUAAGGUGGAGUUUCUUUCUGAAGAGGGGAUUGGGUGUGAUUUGUUUGAUGGGGAUUGGGUGUGGGAUGAUUCUUAUCCGUUAUAUGAGUCCAAGAACUGUCCGUUUGUGGACCAAGGAUUUCGCUGCUCUGAAAAUGGCCGCCCUGAUUUGUUCUACACUAAGUGGAGAUGGCAACCCAGAAUCUGCAACUUGCCCAGAUUCAAUGCAGCAUUGAUGUUGGAGAAGUUGCGAAACAAACGGGUGGUGUUCGUUGGUGACUCGAUUGGAAGAAACCAAUGGGAAUCUCUGUUGUGUAUGUUAUCAUCUGCAGUUCCAAACAAAGAAUCCAUCUAUGAAGUGAAUGGCAGUCCAAUUACAAAGCACAAGGGAUUCUUGGUGUUCAAAUUCAAGGAUUUCAACUGCACCAUCGAAUACUACCGAGCUCCAUUUCUCGUGUUGCAGAGCCGACCUCCUUCUGGAUCUCCUCAACAGAUCAAGACUACUCUUAAACUAGAUCAGAUGGAUUGGUUCUCAGCCAAGUGGAGAGAUGCUGAUGUUUUGGUCUUAAAUACCGGGCAUUGGUGGAACUACGAGAAGACCAUAAGAGGAGGUUGUUACUUCCAAGAAGGGAAGGAGGUAAAGAUGGGAAUGAAGAUUGAAGAUGCGUAUCAGCGCUCGCUUGAGACUGUGAUGCACUGGAUUGGCAACGAACUAAACUCGAAGAAGACGAAGAUCUUCUUUCGCACAUUCGCGCCUGUACAUUUUCGAGGUGGAGAUUGGAGGAGCGGUGGGAGUUGUCACACAGAAGCGCUGCCCGAGCUCGGUUCUUCGCUUGUUCCGCCGGAAACCUGGUCGCAUUUCAGGAUAGCCAAUGCCAUUCUAUCAGGUUACCCAAUCACGCAAAAUUCAACAAAGUUAGAGAUAUUAAAUGUAACACGAAUGACUGCACAAAGAAAGGAUGGGCAUUCGUCUCUUUACUACCUCGGUCCCGAUGUCGGUCCUGCACCUCCUCAUCGACAGGAUUGCAGUCACUGGUGUUUGCCCGGGGUUCCUGAUGUGUGGAAUGAACUUCUUUAUGCACUGUUCUUGAAGCAUGAAUGGAACUCUUCAACUUCUCAAGCCACACAAAUGUGAUUGAGGCUGAAAUUUUUUUGUGCCAAACAGGUAUAUGUUAUUUAUAAGUCUGGAUAUUCGAGUCGGUCGAUCGCCUUCCUGCAAGAACGGUCCCGAACUUCCAAAGAAGAAGAAGAAGAGGAUUGAGUACUGAAAAGUUUACAUAGAGGUUAGAAAGCAAAGUGAUUGAAUUUGCUUACAGAAAUGAUGAUAACCAGAGGCCAUACAACAGCAUUCUUCAUUAGUCUUGGGAGCAGCCAAAAGUUUUGGACAUCCAGGGGCAUAUUUGGAAUAAACAGCAGCAUAGAUUUUUUAUUUCUUUUUAAAUAAAUAGAUUUAAUGGCCAUCUUGUAUAUAUUGUUUAGUGCUAAAAUUGUAACACUAUCAUGAAAAGGGCCUUUCCAAAAUAGGGUAUUUUCAUUCAAAUCUAGCAGAGAAGUUGGGCUUCUGGAAUGGGCUUCUGCUCAUUAUUUGGAACUUUGGAUUGGGUCACUGUAUAAACCUUGGUUAGGGUAGUAUGUCCCAGUUCCCAAACAACUCUUUGCUCUAUGAGCCAUUAGGAUUUGAAUCAUUUCAAUUCAAACAACAGAAACUUAUGGCUUAUAAUUACCCAUUUUUGUAGGUGA